UAAAGACCGGGAGGCUGCACCAGCCGCAGUUAAAUUCCAUUGCUUCUGAAUCUCCAGGUGGUUGGUGGAGGAGGAGUUCAAAAGUUUUGUCGACGCAGUCACUUUACGCCAAGAGUCUCGCCGCAGCCUCCGGGAAAGGAGACGGACCUCCAUUCUCUCUGUCAGAGAAAUGUCUGCUCCAGCUGAGCCACCCACCCCAGGGGCAGAAGGGGCUGCCCUCGGUGGUGGUGCCCCUGGUGGUGAUGCCCCCGGUGGUGGUUCUCCGGGUGGGGGUCCCCCUGGCCCUCCUCCUAACAAGACCAGUAACAGAAAACUACAGCAAAACCAGGCAGAAGUGGCAGAGGUGGUGGACAUCAUUCGUGUGAACCUGGACAAAGUCCUUGAGAGGGAAGAGAAGCUGUUGGAGCUAGAUGACCGAGCUGAUGCCUUGCAGGCGGGAGCGUCAAUAUUUGAGAGCUAUGCUGCUAAACUAAAGAGGAAGUAUUGGUGGAAAAACUGCAAGAUGAUGAUCAUGCUGGGAGCUGUCUGUGCCAUCAUCGUGAUACUUAUCGUAAGCCUGGAGAACAAACACGGCUUAACUGAGAAACUACAGGGACUCUCUUUACCAUCCCCAAAGCAGCCCCGUAAGCUCCUAACUGGAAGGGGUGGUCUCUUCUUCACAUUCUCUGCACUCUCUGUAUUGUUCAUGAGGGCAUCUAAUAAUUUCAGAUAGCCAAGUUUGGGGCUCUCAGUUAAUUUUAAUUGUUGGCAUAGAGAGAUAAAGAGAGAAUGCUUGUUAGUUAUACAGAAACAGUGAGUCAGGGGCUUGAUUUGAAAACUCUUAAGUUGGAGGAAGCCAUUUCUUGCCUUCUCGGGUUCCUGUCCCUCCCUUCCUGUUGAUAAAGGAAUGUGAGGGUGUUAGAGUAGAGGGAUCCUCGGACUCUUGGGGAAUCUUCUCCUCCACACCAGCCCCACAUACUUGCCAGGGACAGGAACGAAGCAAGGGGUUCUUCCCCUGGGUGUGAGUAUUCAGAGAAGUCCAGUAUACUCACCACCUUUGUGUUGGGGUGGGAGGUGUGAUGGUCUGUAGACAGGUGUGUUGGUGUAUUGCUGUGCUGCAAUGGGGCCCUCUCCCUGAGAGCCACCUCUCUGUUCUUUCUGCAGUAUGCACCUUUCUAAACCACCCUUCCUUAUCCAUCUACAUUCUACUUUGCCUCAUUUCUUUCUUUGCCUCCUUGUGUGGUGUGUGGGUAUAGACAGUGGAACCUGAGGAUGGGAGCUGAGGAUGGAGGGGAGGAGGGCAGGCUGGGGACAGGAGGGAGAGCAUCCCCAUGGCUUUUGUUCCUUCCAUCCUCCUGUCCACAAGCAGGAAGAGGCCACGGCCAUGCUGGGCUGGGUCUGGACUCUCACUUUCCAUGUAGCCGCAUUUCAUUUGUGCAAAACCAUCCUUCCUCUUCCUUUGCCCCCAUUUCCCACAUUCCCUUCGUCCUGCCCUAGGGCAGGACUGAAGAGCUGGAAGAAAGCAGUCAGUGUACCUUCCCAACAGUCCCCCUCGGAGGUCUCCACUCUCCUCUGGGCUCCUCCUUGCCUAAUGCAGGGGGUCACCGCUGGAGAAGAACCACCACUGUCCUCGAUGUGUCCCAAGCCUGGAGCAAAUCCGCCCCCUUGGCCCACCCAGCCCUGUCACAGGAAUUAUGUCCUGGGUUUCUGUCUCUCUGAGGCUCGCCAGAAGUAGUUGGCUUUGUUCCUUGGGGGGUGUUAGCCCUCUACUUUCUUUCUCACCCCACCUUGUACCUUCUUCUUUGUCUUUGCUCUCCCUUCUCCCUCCCACCACCCACAUGCAUGAGCAGAUACAUGACUGAAACCCAGGACUUUGCAGUCAAAUGAAGCUGAGCUUCCCACAUCUCCUUCUUGGGUUUGCCAUGAGCUGAUGUGGGGUUUCCAUUGUGUGUCUGUUGUCACCUCUUUGUCUUUUUACCUAACCCCCCAACCUCAUUCUUGUAUGGAGUAAUGACAGUUGUACUUCCACCAAAGGCAUGUGGCAUGUGACACAUUUACCAAUUUAAUGUAUUUGGAACAAAGGCAAAAAAUACAAAUUCCCACCACUAAACUGACUUGGUUGUUGUUUGGAUUGGAGGAAGUGGGGAUGGGGAGGAGGGAUGUGUAGUUUCUUUCUAAGAGUCUGAUGUUAAUGCUGGAAGGGCUGGCUUAUGUGUGCUGUGUGUCUUUGUGAGAUUGAAGGUCUGUGUGUUGGCAGAGGAAGUGGUCUCUGCUGUCAGCAUUCAUACCUGAAGCAGCCCAACUCUUGCAGGUGCCAGGGAGAGGAAGUGAUGACAGGAAGUUGAGCAGGCACCUCACGUUGGCAAACAGUUGCACAUGUUCUCAGGCCUUUCCCAUCUACCUCCUCCCUAGGUCCUCAGCCUGUCCUGUCCCAGGGGAUGUGCCCACACAAGACCUUGAGUGAACAGUCUUUUCCUAUCAUCCUCAAAGUAGUCUUAGGCUGAAGUCCACUGUAUCGACCAUGCACAUUUUAAAAAUGAAUAAAAGGAGGAAUUUCUCCCCUGCAGCUGAGGGGGUGAGGAGCCUGUAGCUUUCUCAAAAUACUGGCAACUGUCAGAAGGAGCAGGACCUUAGCUGCAGCUUCAGGUUACUCGGAGCAACUGAGGUGGAGCCCCACACGGCUACCCCUGAGGGUCUUUGUUGCACACCUCCAGCUUCGCAGGUCGGAGCAGCAAGGCUUGGAGACAGGGCUCAGUGGGGCCCAGCAUGGAGACAGGGACAUGGAAAGCUCUGCCUCACAGGGCACAAGGGUUUUUAUUUUGACAAAAUUCAGUGUUUGUGAAUGGCAGCCCAACCCUCUCCCUUUUGCCCCAGGGUCCCUCACUUGCCCUUUCUUAAUUUCUUUGUUUUCUUUAUCUAUAGCCUCAGCCCCAAUCUGGCUCUUUAGCUUUAAUCUCCACCCUAGACAUUCUGCCUUCCUGCUACCCCCUCACCUCGGGCCUUUUUUCUGCCCAGGGCACCCAGCAAAGGAAGGCAGAGGCCUCUGCAUAUCCAGAGCCAGAGUCAGUGUCCCCUUGAUCCGAUGGCUUUUCCUGCCUUUCUUGGAGGCUUUCUGAACUCUGGCUAAAGAUCUCUUCAGAGUCCCUCUGGGAGAAUGUGGCUAUUCUUCCUUUUUACUCUGAGGCAGGAGAGUAGCCACCCAGAAUCUUGCCAGACCUUGGUGAAGUAGCUAGGAAGAAGCAGAGAAGACAGAUUGGUUUCAGUUGGGGAACCUCACAAGCAGGGGGCUGUGGUGGAUGGGCAGGCUGGGAGUUGGGGGGCCUGGGCUUCCUCCCUGGUCUGGGUGGGGAAGGGGUGAGGUGGCCCAGGGGCCAGUUCUGAGGGUGCCCAGGCUUUCACCUUGCCGUCUCUGAAGUCCCAGGAGCAGCAGUGCAAGAAGGAAGAGGCUGCUGGCCAGGAGGAUGCCAAAGGCCGUUCCCGUCUCUAGGGGUGAGAACAAGGUGGGUGGACACAACGGCUGAGCCCUCUUCACCCCUAGUUUCUGGCCCAGGGAGGAGGAACAAAGGACUGUGUGUUUGUGAGCCCCUGGCCAGGAAUCCCGAUCAGAUGCCACCCUGCUCUCACCCAGGAACUGGGCAUGUGUGGCACUUGUACUUGUUGGUGUGUUGUUGGAGGUAGGUUUGUAUGGGCUCCUCCACACAGAAUUCGCUACUUCUUCCUGCCUCAGGAGGAAUUUUCUUUUUUAUUGAAUUGCCAAAGAGAUUUAGGUUAGACUAGCUGUUGACAAAAAAAAUUGGAAUUUGUAAAUAGCUGGGGGGUAAGGUGAGCAGGAAGCUCACAGUCUGGUGAGCAAAGAAAGAAAGCGAAUGCUGCUGGAUGUUGCAUUUCUAAGCACAAGUUCUUUCCUGUCUCAAACCUUUUGACAACAUUCUGUGGCUUUCAGGAUGAAUUUUGAAGUUCAAGCUGAAAGACCCAUCACGAUCUGGCUGCUCACAGCAGUCGAGGGUUUAAACAUACAGGGGAGUGAGGCUGUGUGUUUUUCACAUUUUCUGUUUUACCAUUUACUGUGUAGGUGACCUUGGGCAAACUACUUAACAUCUUUGAGUGCCAGUUUACUCAUCUGUAAAAUGGGUGCCAUGAUAAUAGUUGAGAUAAUACAUAUAGAUGCCUAUCACAUUGCUUUACUCAUGUGAAUCCUCAAUAAAUACUAUUACCUCUCAA